GCCUCCUGUUAUAACAAGCCCUGUCUGCCUCCUGCACUGUGCAUUUCCUUCGCUCUUCUCGUGCACGUUGUUGCAGUCACUAUCAGCAUGGCCGGCGUGAAGGUUGCAUUAGUCACAGGGGGCAAUAAAGGAGUCGGGCUGGCUGUGGUCAGGGCCUUGUGCAAGCAGUUCCAGGGAGACGUGUAUCUGACAGCCAGGAACCCCAAGCUUGGAGAAGAAGCUGUCAAGGCCCUGAAUAAUGAGGGGUUGUCCCCGCUCUUCCAUCAGCUGGACAUCAAUGACCUGACCAGUAUCCAGGCUCUAAGGGAUUUCCUGAAGGCAAAGUAUGGCGGGCUGGACGUGCUGAUCAAUAACGCAGGAAUUGCAUUUAAAGUUGCUGACACAACUCCAUUUGCCACCCAAGCAGAAGUUACUUUGAAGACCAACUUCUUUGCCACUCUAGAUGUUUCCAAUGAGCUUCUUCCACUGAUUAAACCAAAUGGAAGAGUUGUCAAUGUCUCCAGCAUGGUCAGCCCCUCAGCCCUCGCCAAGUGCAGCCCUGAACUUCAGGAGAAGUUCCGCAGUGACACCAUCACUGAGGACGAGCUGGUGAAGCUGAUGCAAAAGUUUGUGGAAGAUGCCAAAAACGGAGUCCAUCAAGAAAAGGGCUGGCCAAACACUUCUUAUGGGGUGUCCAAAAUCGGUGUAACAGUAUUGUCCAGAAUUCAAGCUCGUCAGUUAAAGGAGACCAGGAAGGGGGAGGGCAUUAUACUCAAUGCUUGCUGUCCAGGGUGGGUGAGAACUGAUAUGGCAGGUCCAAAUGCCACAAAGUCCCCAGAUGAAGGUGCUGUUACCCCAGUAUAUUUGGCCCUUCUUCCUGUUUUAGCGAAUUCGCCAUAUGGGGAGCUGGUCAGCGAAAAGAAAGUUGUUCCCUGGUAGACGUCAGAUGCCAGUGAAUCCAACCGCGGUGCCCUUAAGUCAGCUCUUGGACUUAAUUAUUGAUAUAAUGGUGGGCUAUUUUUCUUCCCAGAUGUAGUUUUAUAUGUGCAAAUAAACUGUUACCUGAAA